CCCGUCCCAUAAUGCUGGGCUGUUUCCGUCACUGACGGCUUGUCGCAAAACCGCGGAGCGCUCGCGCGGCGGCCCCCCCUGGGCCUCGGAAGGCUUCUUUUCCCAAGUUACUCGCCGUCGACCGUUAAACGAGGCGGGCGCCUGGCGCCUCUUGCCGCCUCCCCUCCCCUCCCUCCUUUGCCUUCUCCCCAGUCUCCUUCCCUCCGAAAUGCCCCCCAAGAAGCAGCCCGCGGCAGCGGCGGCGGGGGGCAACAAAAAGACGGACCAGAAGAAGAAGGAGAAGAUCAUCGAGGAUAAAACCUUCGGCUUAAAGAACAAGAAGGGAGCAAAACAGCAAAAGUUUAUCAAGGCUGUCACCCACCAAGUUAAGUUUGGUCAGCAGAAUCCAAAGCAGGCUGCUCUAGCAGAAGGAGACAAAAAAUUGAAGAAAGAUGACAAGAAGAAAGAAUUACAAGAGCUGAAUGAGCUUUUUAAACCUGUGGUUGCUGCACAGAAAAUUAGUAAAGGCGCUGAUCCGAAAUCCGUUGUGUGUGCUUUCUACAAGCAAGGGCAGUGCACAAAGGGAGACAAAUGCAAAUUUUCUCAUGACCUAACUUUGGAGAGAAAGUGCGAAAAGCGAAGUGUUUAUAUUGAUGCAAGAGAUGAUGAACUUGAGAAAGACACAAUGGAUAACUGGGACGAAAAGAAGCUGGAAGAAGUAGUGAACAAGAAACAUGGUGAAGCCGAAAAGAAAAAACCCAAAACCCAAAUAGUCUGCAAGUACUUCCUUGACGCUAUUGAAAACAAUAAGUAUGGAUGGUUUUGGGUCUGUCCUGGCGGUGGAGACAACUGUAUGUACCGCCAUGCGCUCCCUCCUGGAUUUGUACUCAAAAAGGACAAAAAGAAGGAGGAAAAGGAAGAAGAAAUAUCUCUAGAAGAUCUAAUAGAAAAAGAGCGGGCUGCUUUAGGAGCAAACGUUACUAAAAUUACACUAGAGUCUUUCCUUGCGUGGAAGAAGAGGAAAAGGCAAGAAAAGAUCAUCAAAGCAGAGCAAGAUAUGGAAAGGAGGAAAGCUGAUUUUAAGGCUGGGAAAGCACUGGUGAUCAGUGGACGCGAAGUGUUUGAGUUUCGGCCUGAGUUGGUUGAUGCAGAUGAUGAAGAAGCUGAUGACACUCGUUAUAUUCAAGGAAUAGGCGAAGAUGAGAUUGAUGACCUUGUACGGGUAAACGAUGUGGAUUUGAACCUGUAUGUUCCAAAAGCUGUAGAUGAAACUGGCAUUACUGUAGCUAGUCUUGAACGAUUUAGCACCUACGCUGCAGCUGAAAAGGAUGAUAAUAAGCUGAGUGAAGCUUCAGGUGGCAGACUGGAGAAUGGAGAGCAAAGUGACUCGGAAGCUGACAGCGAGACAGAAGGCACCCAGGAAAAUGGAGUGCUGGAUGCAGUACCGGUUGAUGAAAAUCUUUUCACUGGCGAGGACUUAGAAGAACUAGAGGAAGAACUAAACACACUUGAUUUAGAGGAAUGAACAAGCAGGUUCAAAUGUGAAUUCAAUCUACUUGGCAAAUUGAGUACUGGCUCCGUCUGUUUUCUCUAGAAUUCGUAAAUGGAGUGUUCUUGGUUUCUCUGUGAUUCUGGAAUGAACACGACACAGAAAUAUUUCCCCUCUUCCAUUUUUUUUCUGAUGGCUUUUUAACCAGAUUCAUACAAUGCCACCUGUACUAGGACACUGAGAGGAUUCUUAGCAUCUAAUGACAUUGUUAUGGAACUCCAGUCAAAAGUAGGACGUCUAAACUACUUUUCCAGGAAGAGCAAAGGGGAACAUUGUUAUCAGAUCCAUGAGAAGGUCUGAAUGAAAGCUUUGAGCAGAAUUGUAUUUGAAAUAAAUAUGUUUGAGUGGUUACCAAUUGAGCAAUGUACUGUGCAAUCAAACUUGAUAACAGAUCAAAAUAGCUGUGCUCUUGCAAGUCUUAAGAAAUUGGCCAAGUAAUCCAAAACAAAUAAAUGCUUAAGGUAGAGAUUUGUGAAGUAUGGGGCCCUCCUGAUUCAGAACUUUGAACAUAAGCCACAACGGUGUAAAUAAAGAUUAUCUGAUUGAAAAACA